AUGGAUCCCUUUUCUCCUGCCCACCAGCCUGACGAGGGCUACUCCGAAGAUCCUCUUACGCCCACUGUCAAUCAAGAUCUCUCGUCUGCUCUCGCUUCCUUACGAUCUCCCUCCGACCUGAGCGCAUGGCUAGUCGCAAACUCGUCCCUUCUUCCGCUUCAGGUCAAGACUGAGUUGACCAUGGCUCUUCUCGAUAACCUCCCCACGUCCGUCAUCGCCGAGAUCGUCCACCGUUUAAACCCGAGACUCUACAUCGACUUUAUCCAGUACCUUCCUGCCGAAAUCUGCCUCAAGAUCCUUGGCUGCCUGGAUCCCGUUUCUUUAGUUGCCGUGACCCAGACAUGCCGGGCCUGGUACGAGUUGGCUUUGGACCGGAAGCUAUGGGAGCGCUUAUACUACAUGGAAGGGUGGAAGACCAUUAACUCCGAGAUCGUUGCCUGCGAGGCCAAAGUCAACAAUGGCCUCAACUAUUCGAUCCGCCAACUCAACCGUCUCCAGUCGAUGCAGGACGCACAUCCCAAUAAGAUCCGCGCCGUUGUGAAUAGCGAUGAAGACCUCGAGAUGACCGACGGCGACCGUACACCCGGCCCUAAUGAUGGCUCAACUGCAGGAAGCAUGUUUGGUAGUCCAACGUCGUCAUUCUCGUCGAGCCGGCCUGCGGUUGUCCCUAUGGGAGAGAUGGACCUUGAUGGCACUAGGAUCCCGAGCCUAGACCGGACAUUUUCUUCAUCAUCAGAUACCAGAGGAAAGCGUAAGGAGCCAAGCGGCGAUACCGAGUUCUCAAUGCCACCCAUGUCAGCCGCCGACGCAUCCAAUAUGCUGCCGCCAUCUAAUCUCUAUGCUUGGGAUGUCAGCAGGAACCGGUAUCGCAUUAAUUGGCGGUACCUAUAUGCUAUGCGUCGCAGACUCGAGUCGAACUGGGAGCUGGGAAAGUUUACUACUCUUCAGUUCCCCCAUCCAAACUUCCCCGAGGAAGGACAUCAAGAGUGUGUUUACACGCUCCAGUUCGACAGGAACUUCCUUGUUAGCGGUAGCAGGGAUCAAACUAUGAGAAUAUGGGAUGUGCAUACACGCCGACUGGUCCGACCGCCGUUGACUGGCCAUGUGGGCUCUGUGCUCUGCCUCCAGUUUGAUGCUGAUCCCCAAGAGGAUCUCCUUGUUUCUGGAAGCAGUGAUUCUAACGUUUUCAUUUGGAAGUUUUCUACCGGCGAGUUGGUUCAGAAGUUGACUAGAGCCCACCAUGAGUCUGUGCUCAACGUGCGGUUCGAUAAGCGGAUUCUCGUCACCUCAUCGAAAGACAAGACCAUCAAGAUCUUUAACAGGCAUCCUCUGCGCCAUGGGGAUCUGGGAUAUGGUGGUCACGAUUUGGUGAGUCCUGUGCCGACCAACCUGCGACGGUACGGCUACGAGCCCGACCUGUCACAAGAGCUUCCCAUCAGGCCCGCGUUUUCCAUGAUUGGUCGUUUGGACGGGCACAGUGCCGCCGUAAAUGCUAUCCAGGUUCGUGAUCGGACCAUUGUUUCCGUUUCCGGAGAUAGGCACAUCAAGGUAUGGAACUGGCCCGAGCAGGUCUGCACCCAGACAAUCCCAGCGCACGAGAAAGGCAUCGCCUGUGUCGAGUUUGAUGGGCGCAGAAUCGUCAGCGGCAGUAGCGACUACGAGGUCUGUAUCUUUGACGCGCCCACCGGAUUGAGGGUUGCUCAACUGCGAGGACACGCCCACUUGGUUCGCACAGUCCAGGCUGGAUUCGGAGAUCUACCAUACAGCAAGGCCGAGGACGAGGCAGAGGCCAAGGCGGUGGAUGCCGAGUACUUCAGGGCGUUUGAAGCUGGCGAGAUCGACCAUAACCUGGAGCGAAGACGCCGGAGAGAUCGUCGGGCAAAUGCAGGCAGCUCCCGACCCCAGGACGUCCAGGCAUUUGGGGCUAAGCUACCCCCUGGCGGCGGUGGUGGUAGGAAGUAUGGUCGCAUCGUAUCCGGCUCCUAUGACCAGAGCAUCAUCGUCUGGAGGCGCGACAAAGAGGGUGUCUGGAAGCCUGCUCAUCACCUGCGACAGGAGGAGGCGGCUGCCGCUGCUCAGCGUGACGCUAUCGCGGCCGUGUCUAACCUGGCGGCGGCGAGGGCUGCGACUACGCAAGGCCGGCCUGCGAACCCGGCAAAUGGACCUCGCUCUCCGCCUGCGAGUGGCUCGUCAACGGGACCCAUGAUGCUUCGAGAUCACCAUGGGGACAACCAGCGAACAUCAGCCUCAUACGAGGCACUUAUCGAUCAAACCGUGCCCCAUGGACCGGCCGCGUUACAGCGAGUGCUCAAAACGUACCCCGUUACUCUGGCUCACCACUCUCACUUGCAAUCAGCCAUCGAGCGCCAAACUUCACCGUUGGCCAGAGCGCAGUUGAGGGCAGUGGUGACAGAGGCUCUGGCUGCUCUCCAGCUCAGUCAGAUGCCGCCGCGGCAACAAUCAAGCCAAGGGGGUUCUGGAGAUAGCAACGGAACUGGUCAACCACGAACCCCGCGUGCUGCCGUCGCCGUCCCCGGUAUGCCGAUUAACCCUGCCUUGGGAGGACAGGUUGUACACCCUCCUGUUGUGACACUCGCACAAGCUCCAGGAGCGCCGCCUGUACAGCCGGCCAUGCCGGGCCAGCCACAGAACAUGGCCCAAAACAUCAUACCCCCAGGCCAUCACCACCCGCACAUCGCAGCGGCGGAGAAUUCACCAGCGCGCGUCUUCAAGCUUCAGUUUGACGCCCGCAAGAUUAUCUGCUGCAGCCAAGCCCCCGUCAUCGUGGGAUGGGACUUCUGUAACAAGGACCCAGAACUGGAGGAAGCUGUGCGAUUCUUUGCAACAGUCAACUAA